AGCAGAAGUUGAAAGGCAUUUUUUAGAUAAUACAACAAGAGAUGUUGCAGGGCGUUUUGUAGUAAAAUUACCUCUAAAGGAUAAUUAUACCGAUUUAGGUGAAACUAAAGGUAUAGCUUUACGUACUUUGUAUUCUGUUGAGAGAAAACUUUCAAAAAAUUCCCCGAUGUGUGAAAUGUAUACUUCAUUCAUGAGAGAAUAUGAAACUUUGACUCACAUGUCUGAAGUCGAGUACAAUGUUGGAAACGAUUUAUGUUUCUAUUUGCCUCAUCAUUGUGUUGAAAAGGCUGAAAGCACCACUACUAAAUUGCGUGUUGUUUUUAAUGGUAGCCAAAAGUCAUCAACCAAUAUAAGUUUAAAUGAUGUUUUAAAGGUUGGUGCCACUGUUCAACCUGACUUAUGUUCCAUUCUUUUGAAAUUCCGUCAUCAUGAUUAUGCGUUGACAGGAGAUUUAACCAAAAUGUACAGACAAAUAAAUGUACAUCCGGAACACAGAAAUUUGCAGCGGAUACUUUGGCGUGAAGAUCCUUCAUUGCCUGUUAAAGAGUUUUGCCUAAAUACGGUAACUUAUGGUUUAGCUUCAAGUUCAUUUUUAGCCACUAGAUGCCUUAAGCAAAUUUCUGAUGAUAUCCGAACCAAUUAUCCUAUUGAAAGUGAUUUUAUAGGCUCAAAUUUUUAUGUGGAUGAUUUUUUACUUAGUCACCCUUCUUUAGAGUCUUUAAUUCAAGUAAAAAACAACAUUACUAAAAUCUUGUCUGGUUAUGGAUUUGAAAUUAGAAAAUUUAAGUCAAAUGACUCCCGUGUGUUUUUAGAAGGUAAUGAUGAUUAUUCUUUAUCAGAAUAUGUCAUAUCAGAUGAGAAUACCACUAAAACAUUGGGAAUUUCUUGGAUACCCACGUCUGAUUGUUUUAUUUAUAAACUUCAACUUGAAGAUUCUCUGACAAAUUCCGUUACCAAGAGAUCAAUAUUGAGUUUCAUUUCAAAAAUAUAUGAUCCAUUGGGAUUCCUUGGACCCAUAAUUAUCCGAGCAAAAUUAAUCAUUCAACAGUUGUGGAAACUUCAAUUAUCAUGGGAUGAAAAUUUACCCAUAGAAUUACAUUCCCAAUGGUGUGAAUAUAAGAAACAAUUAUUUAAUAUUAAUACUAUACAAAUACCUCGACAAGUUUUAAUUAAAGGUGCUAAUUUGGUCGAAUUACAUGGGUUUUCUGACUCUAGUGAGAGUGCUUAUGGCUGUAGCGUUUAUCUAAGAUCUAUUAAUAAUGUUGGAGCCAUAGAUUGUCGUUUGUACUUUGCCAAAACAAGAGUAGCUCCUGUACAGGCAAUUAGUAUUCCAAGACUUGAGCUCCAAGCUGCAGUGCUCUUAGCUAGAUUAGUGAGCAAGUGUUUAAGUACUAUUUCCUUUGAGAUUCAGAAUAUAUAUCUAUGGACUGAUUCAACCAUAGUGUUAGCUUGGUUGUCAAGAGAGCCUAAAACUUGGCAAACUUUUAUAUGCAAUCGUGUCUCUGAAAUCCAACAGUUGACCAAUAUAACUGAUUGGAAUCAUAUUUCAACUCAUGAAAACCCAGCUGAUAUAUUGUCUAGAGGUUCUCAAACUAACGAUUUUUUGUCCAAUAGUUUAUAUUGGAAUGGUCCUUCGUUCCUUAGACAGGAUAAAGAAAAUUGGCCUGAAGCCACCAAUAUUUCAUAUUUUUCCAAAAAUCCUGUAGAUGUUCCCGAAUUCAAGAAUCAAAAUAUGAAUUUUCUAUGUCAGACCGAUAACCUGUUUAAUUUUGAUGAACUUUUUUCUAAAUUUUCUUCUUUUAGUCAAUUAAUAAGAGUUGCGGCCUACGUCUUUAGAUUCAUAGAUCGCUCUAAAGGUCGACAUGAUGUUCAAACUUUUAUUAAUAAUGUUGUGUCAAAUUCUGAAUUUUCAAAGACUUCUUUACGUCUAAUCAAAUUAAUUCAAAGUUCUGAGUUUAAUGCGGACAUUUGCCAUUUAAGAACCCACCGUGAAGUAUUGAAAAGGAGUAAGCUAAAAGCUUUAGCGCCCUUUUUAGACCCUGAUGGUAUUUUGAGAGUGGGCGGAAGAUUAAAGUUUUCUGACUUAAAUUACGAUCAAAAACAUCAAAUUUUAUUGCCGAAAAAACAUAAAUUUACAAGUUUACUGAUACAUUCCGAGCAUUUAAGAGCUUUACACGCCGGAAAUCAAGGAACGUUAUCACAUAUACGCCAAAAUUAUUGGAUUAUUGACGGCAAAAUGGCAGUCAAAUCCUGUAUUAGAAAUUGUAUCAAAUGUUUCCGAGCCAACCCUCCUAAUUUGACUUAUAAAAUGGGCGAUUUGCCUUCUGUCCGCGUAAAACCUUCUAAAGUGUUUCUUUCUGUUGGAAUCGAUUAUGCAGGCCCCUUUAAUUUAAAGGAUGGCCAAACCAAAACCAGAAAAAUAAUAAAAUGUUAUGUCGCGAUUUUUGUGUGUAUGGCUACGAAAGCUUUGCACAUAGAUUUAGUCACGGAUUUGUCCACAGAUGCUUUCUUAAAUUUGCUGAAACGUUUUGUUUCGCGUAGAGGUUUGUGCACAGAUAUUUACUCAGAUAACGCUACUGCUUUCGUUGGCGCAGACAAUGAGUUGAAACGUUUGCAAAACAUUGUUAAUGGCGGUGUCUUAAGAGAUUAUUUGAACCAAACUCAGAUAAAUUGGCAUUUUAUUCCAGCUAGAUCCCCAACAUUUGGAGGUCUUUGGGAGAGUGCUGUGAAAUCUUGCAAGCAUCAUCUCAAGCGUGUUUUACAUAAUGAUCAUCCUCUUAAUUUCGAGGAAAUGUAUACAUUAUUGGUACAGGUGGAAGCCGUCUUAAACUCUCGGCCCCUUAUAAGCCUUUCUCCUGAUCCUAAUGACCUGGAGGCUCUUACCCCAGCCCAUUUCAUUAUUGGACAGCCAAUGACGGCAUUGCCUCAGAGAAACCUGGAAGAUUCUCACACUAAUUUGGUAAAGCGACUUCUUCAUGUUCAGAAGCUUUUCCAGCAGUUCUGGAGACGAUGGAGCCAUGAUUACCUUCACACCCUCCAGGAACGCAGUAAAUGGCGUUUCAAUAAGGAUCCCAACUUACAAAUUGGUGCCUUGGUGAUUGUUAAGGAAGAAAAUACUCCCCCAGCCUACUGGACCUUGGGUAGAAUUUCUGCAGUCCAUCCCGGUGCUGAUGGCCUCGUUAGGGUGGUCACCAUUAAGACUAAGAAUGGUUUCUUGAAGAGAGCAACAACGAAGGUCAGCCUUUCAAAGGCGGCGGGAUGUUCGGACUACGAGUGUACCCUCAACUUUAUUUCAUUCAAAGUUCAGUCCUACUGACGCCAUCUAUCGGACGGCGUUUGUAACGCGCCACUUACCUUGAGAUCACAGCGCCCCUGACGGGACGCCUCGACUCCUCUCCUGUCAAGAACAAGCAAGCAACCAUAUAAAUUAAAUUUUGUUAACUUAAAAAUUAAACUCUUGUAUAAAAAUUUAAAAUAAAUUCAUCAUCAAGAACUGACCAAAGUGUUCAUUGUUCAUCGUUUAAAAUACAGAACAAUUACCCAAAGCGAAGCAAGGAGGCAUUGUUCAAUCCAAUUAGUAUUAAAAAGAUUGUUUUGUUUAUUAAGACUUAAAACUCCCUUUUUGCUAAAAAAUGAUAAAGAAGUCUGAAGUGGGUCACAUAUGUUGAAAAAAAGAAAAUUCAAAUUGUUCCUCUCGCAGGCGAGUUAGGUGUCAAAUGUGUCAUCCUUCUAGGUUAGAAUAUUAUAAAAGACGACAUAUUUGUGAAGUAUCUAUUAAGUAUUGCAUACCAAAAUAUUAAUAAAAAUGUGUAAUUAAGUAUAUUAUUAUAAUCUAGCAUUGCAUAGCAAUUGCUUAUUCAAACUCGAAAUGCCGCAAAAUUAAUGUGUAAAAAAAUUAAGGUAGUGUCUGGUCGAUAUCCAGCAACC